GGAGAGUCGGCGGCGGGAGCCGUCACCCCAGGCGGGGACCCAGCGCAGGCGACUCCGCGCCGCGGCCCGGCCGAGGGAGGCAGAGAGCGAGCGAGCAAGCGGGCGGGAGGCAGCCGCUGGUGCCCGAGGGGCCGAGCGAGAUUAUAAAUCAUGGCUGUGUGGAUACAAGCCCAGCAGCUCCAAGGAGAUGCUCUUCAUCAGAUGCAAGCAUUGUACGGGCAGCAUUUCCCUAUUGAGGUGCGGCAUUACUUAUCUCAGUGGAUUGAAAGCCAGGCGUGGGACUCAAUAGAUCUUGAUAAUCCACAGGAGAACAUUAAGGCCACUCAGCUCCUGGAGGGCCUGGUGCAGGAGCUGCAGAAGAAGGCGGAACACCAGGUGGGGGAAGAUGGGUUCUUGCUGAAGAUCAAGCUGGGGCACUAUGCCACCCAGCUCCAGAACACAUAUGACCGCUGCCCCAUGGAGCUGGUCCGCUGCAUCCGCCACAUUCUGUACAAUGAACAGAGGCUGGUCCGAGAAGCCAACAAUGGCACUUCUCCAGCUGGCCGCCUUGCUGAUGCCAUGUCCCAGAAACACCUUCAGAUCAACCAGACAUUUGAGGAGCUGCGACUGGUCACGCAGGACACGGAGAAUGAACUGAAGAAGCUGCAGCAGACUCAGGAGUACUUCAUCAUCCAGUAUCAGGAGAGCCUGAGGAUCCAGGCUCAGUUUACCCAGCUGUCUCAGCUGACCCCCCAGGAGCGCCUGAGCCGGGAGACGACCCUCCAGCAGAAGCAGGUGUCCCUGGAGGCCUGGCUGCAGCGCGAGGCCCAGACACUGCAGCAGUACCGCGUGGAGCUGGCUGAGAAGCACCAGAAGACCCUGCAGCUGUUGCGGAAGCAGCAGACCAUCAUUCUGGAUGAUGAGCUGAUCCAGUGGAAGAGGCGGCAGCAGCUGGCAGGGAAUGGGGGCCCCCCCGAGGGCAGCCUGGAUGUGCUGCAGUCCUGGUGUGAGAAGUUGGCAGAGAUCAUCUGGCAGAACCGGCAGCAGAUCCGCAGAGCCGAGCACCUCUGCCAGCAGCUGCCCAUCCCCGGCCCCGUGGAGGAGAUGCUGGCAGAGGUCAACGCCACCAUCACAGACAUCAUCUCAGCCCUGGUGACCAGCACCUUCAUUAUCGAGAAGCAGCCCCCCCAGGUCCUGAAGACGCAGACCAAGUUUGCGGCCACAGUGCGCCUGCUGGUGGGCGGGAAGCUCAAUGUGCACAUGAAUCCCCCCCAGGUGAAGGCCACCAUCAUCAGCGAGCAGCAGGCCAAGUCGCUGCUCAAGAAUGAGAACACCCGCAAUGAUUACAGUGGAGAGAUCUUGAACAACUGCUGUGUGAUGGAGUACCAUCAAGCCACGGGCACCCUCAGCGCCCACUUCAGAAACAUGUCCCUGAAACGCAUUAAGAGAUCUGACCGUCGUGGAGCAGAGUCAGUGACAGAAGAAAAGUUCACAAUCCUGUUUGAAUCACAGUUUAGUGUUGGUGGAAAUGAGCUGGUUUUUCAAGUCAAGACCCUGUCCCUCCCAGUGGUGGUGAUUGUUCAUGGCAGCCAGGACAACAAUGCAACAGCCACUGUUCUCUGGGAUAAUGCCUUUGCAGAGCCUGGCAGGGUGCCAUUCGCCGUGCCUGAUAAAGUGCUGUGGCCACAGCUGUGUGAAGCCCUCAACAUGAAGUUCAAGGCUGAGGUGCAGAGCAACCGGGGCCUGACCAAGGAGAACCUCGUGUUCCUGGCGCAGAAACUGUUCAACAGCAGCAGCAGCCACCUCGAGGACUACAACAGCAUGUCCGUGUCCUGGUCCCAGUUCAACAGGGAGAAUUUACCAGGACGGAAUUACACUUUCUGGCAAUGGUUUGAUGGUGUAAUGGAAGUGUUAAAAAAACAUCUCAAGCCUCACUGGAAUGAUGGGGCUAUUUUGGGUUUUGUGAACAAGCAACAGGCCCACGACCUUCUCAUUAACAAACCUGAUGGGACCUUCCUGCUGAGAUUCAGCGACUCUGAAAUAGGUGGCAUCACCAUUGCUUGGAAGUUUGAUUCUCAGGAAAGAAUGUUUUGGAAUCUGAUGCCUUUUACAACCAGAGACUUUUCCAUUCGGUCUCUGGCCGACCGCUUGGGGGAUCUUAAUUACCUUAUCUACGUGUUUCCUGAUCGGCCAAAAGAUGAAGUGUACUCCAAAUAUUACACACCAGUUCCAUGCGAGCCUGCCACUGCUAAAGCAGUGGAUGGAUACGUGAAGCCACAGAUCAAGCAAGUGGUACCUGAGUUUGUGAACGCCUCUGCGGACUCUGCCGGGGGCAGCACCACCUACAUGGAUCAGGCCCCCUCCCCCGCCGUGUGCCCCCAGACUCAUUAUAACAUUUUCCCACAGAACCCGGAUCCUGUCCUUGACACGGAUGGGGACUUUGAUCUAGAUGACACAAUGGAUGUGGCACGGCGUGUGGAAGAGCUCUUAGGCCGCCCCAUGGACAGUCAGUGGAUCCCCCACGCACAGUCAUGACCCCCAUCUCCAUCUUCAGCUUCUUCAUCCUCACCAGAGGAGUUACUCUUGUGGAUGUUUUAAUUCCAUGAAUCGCUUCUCUUUGGAAACAAUACUCAUAAUGUGAAGUGUUAAUACUAGUUGUGACUGUUUAGUGUUUCUGUGCAUGAUGGUACCAGUGAAGGGAGUAUGAGUGUGUGUGUGCGCCCGCGUGUGUGUGAGUUUGCAUGUUGUUUUUUUCUCCCCCUUGCUGCCCAGAGUUGAGCUGCAUUAUUGGGCCACAAACACAUUGUGGUUGUUUUAACUUUGUGCAAAAAGGCCAUUUAUUCCAUGAAUUCUGGAACUUGGCCAUGUGUCUUGACGGAGGCCGAGCCAAACAUGUGGCUGUUCAAGUAAGAGAAAGAAAAGGGAGGAGAAACGCCUCCUCUCUGGUGAGUCUUGUCACUGUGUGUGCCAAGCAAUUGAUAUAUAACUAUGAUUAUCUCUGCUUUUCUUCUGAAAUGUAGAAACUGCCUUUUGACCAAAAAGCCAGUCCUCCCUCCUUCCUCUACCCUCUCUCUCACCCUGUUGUCUUGGGUAGGGAUGGGAAGAGAGGAGGCCUACAAUAAUCGUUGAGGCAGACAGAGGAGUUUUUGAAGGGGUGUAGUGGCUUUUUAAAUAACAUCCAUCUUAAUGCUCUUCUCCACCUUCCUUCCUUCUGUACCUAUCUCUCUGUCCUUUGCUCUCUACAGAAUUGCCACUCAAUUCCUAUGCGUGUACAUAGGUGCAGACUGAUUUGAUGAACUUAAGGAACAAAAGAGGCUCCCAUAGCCAAAGCUUGUAUAGUGUUGAUGUCCUUUGUGUUUCAGCCACAGUGGAAUGCCCAGCACUGACUGGCAGGUGCUGUGGACGUUGCCUUGUUCUCCUGGGAAGCUGCUUUGCAGUCUGCCCAUCCUUCCUCUGGGCUGAUAAUGACUUUUUUUUUUUUUUGGCAAAUGUUGAAUGGUGUUUUUAUUUCUGAAUUGAGACUUUGCAUUUUUCCCUUCCCACCCUAGUUUCACAUCAGGAUUCUUUCUCCCCGUGGCAGGCCUUGUGCCAUUCGUGCCCAGGCCACCUCAUUUCCCUUUCACUGUGCACAGGCAAUGCCUUGGGGAGUGGUGGCAGCAGUUUGGUUUGAACCAGGGCCGGUGCCUUCAGCAGGUGUCACUGCCACACAGAUACACAUCCCCCGCUACUGGGUGUGGGUGCUGAGCGUCAGGCAUUGGAAAUUUGAGAGGAAUGCAGUCAGCAGGUUUUCUGGAAAGUUUGUUAAGCUGCUUAAGGAAAGUAAAUGCUUCAGAAUAAUCUUGCCUGCAGUUUUACACCUGAAGGAAGGCUCUGGCCAGCAGGUGAAAAGGCGGAGAAGCAGGUAGAACUUUGAGGUCCUCGGUGCCCCUCUCCAGAAGAAGGGCACGGACACACCCAGGAGAGAAUGGCCCUAAGAACCUUAUUUUUAUAAAUAUUGAGUAAAUACAGAUUUUUUUUUUACAAAAAGAACUUCAGGAUUUACCAGUGUUUUGAUGUUCAAGGAAAAAUAUUCCUCUGUAGUAAAUUAUUUAUUGGAAGAUGACUUUUUAAAGGCUGCUGUUUGCCCUGGCUUGCUUACCUACACCGAUUUAUUUUUCUAUGUUGGGCAGUAGGAUCUUGCUGCCUCUGGAAAGCAGUGACCCUCUGUGGAUUAUCAGCAUUGGCGGGCAAUGCUGCUGAGCUCCUUACAUCCCCCUCACAAUGUGACUAAGAGUCCAUCUGUGAGGCUGGACGUGCUGGGAUGGUGGAAGGAAGCCUGUCCACCCCUAUGCCCAGGCACCUGCCCGUUUCUCAGGCAUCACCAGCAUCGGCCUGGGUGACAGCCCUGUGUCCCAGUGUCCCCACUGAGGCAGAGUGAACACAUUCAUAGUGGUGGUGGGCCUGGCGCCCUAAGGCAGGCUGAGGCAGAGCUCUCGUGUUACAUUGGUACGGGAGAUAGGGGCUUCAAGAGUGGGGCUACCCCAAGCAGGGUGGCUCCUGUGCUUUCUAGAGUUUCAGAGCUGUCCUUAACUUCCUGAGGCUGUGCCGUAGAGGGGAGAGAUUUUUACUGAAAGGUGCGCUUGCUAUCUGCCUUGUAUUUUCUCUCUCCUCCCUGUCCCUACAAAUCGCAAGAAGAGGCAAUGGCAAGUCUUGACCACCUCAGCCUUUCACUUGCUCCCGGACACACACACACACACACACACACACAUCAUCAAAGUGUUCUGAUUCAGUGUGUGCUAUGUGCAGGGUUUUGUAGGGGGUGGGAGGGAGACUCACAGUGACUAUAAUUUAAAAUGGAAAUAUACUUUUUUAUAAUUUUUUUCUUUUUAAAACUUUGUGAAAUUAUUUCAGAUACGUAUUUUAGUGUCGAGGCAGAUUAUUAGUAGAUAGCCACCCAAAAAAGUAUUGUGUACAAUUUGGAGCAGUCACAAAAUUGUGUAUUUUAUGUUACAAUAAAGACUUCUUCUGAAGGAACAA